UUUAAAUAUGAAAACAUAUGCAUGGUUGUACUGAACACGUCGGUUGAUAAUGUCGCGAAAUCGUUAGUUCACGUGAAAUAGAUCUGUUAAUAAUUACAUCGUUAAAGAAUGCCAAAACGGCCGUGUAUGUUCGAAGACGAUUUACCACCCCAACUAAAGAUACAUGUAGGUCAAAAACAAGUUGACAACGGUGUUUGCCGAGAGGAACGAAUGAAAACUGUUUACGGUAGAACAAUGGAGUUAUUAAAAGACGGUGUGAAAUCAUUAUCGCGCAAAUUGAACGAAUCUAUGGACAUGAAUCUCGAUAUACUUUCACCGAAAGCAUCGUCCUCUUGCAAAAUCAAACAAGAACGUAAUUCGAAACAAAUGGUACUGAACAGUAAGUUAGAAUUAUUGAAAACAGAUGAAGCUAUAAAAGAUGAUCGACCCAAGUAUGAUCUUUGUGACUGUAGUAGAGUAAUAGACCAAACUAUGUUUAAUAAAUGUUCUUACUGUGAUCAAGUCUUGUGUAAUUAUUGCCUGUUUGAAUGCACUGGUUGCACACAAUUAUUUUGUCAAAACUGUUCAUUGCCUGUGUAUGAUUACGAAGAACGAAACAAGUGCCUCAAUUGUUACAAAUAAAAUUAUAUUUUAUACAAUCUCUUCGCAACCUAUAUAUAUAUUAUAAGUUUUUGUAUUAUGCAUGCAGUUUUGUUAAUUUAAAUAAAGAAAC